CCGCGUUGCGGUUGCGUGUUUCGAUUAGCCAACCUUUUACCUCACCUUUUCCUCUCUUCCCUUUGUAUGGUGUGCUAAGCCUAUCAUCCUCUGCCCUUCCCUAUCAACCCUCCACGCCUUCGUAUGAGCUGCCGUCCUGCCCAUCUCGGUCCCGCCCGUCACUGGCCCUCUAGCCUGCCCUCUCUCCCGAUCUAACUGUUUUGGGUCGCCACACGCUCCGGGUUCCUGCAGAUCGAUGGACCACAGCAGGCCUGGGGCAGAGGACAUGGCUGCCGACACCAAGCUCGAUCCUGCCGGCGAGAACACGCCCAGCAGCAUCGACUCCUCGCCUGAGCCCGAGGCCGGCGCAGAAGCGUCUCAGGAACCCGUGCAACCGCAGAAAAGGAAGGGCGGGCGAAAGCCGAUUUACGCCACUUCAGAGGAACGCAAGCAACGGAAUCGACAAGCCCAGGCUGCAUUUCGAGAACGGCGAACCGAGUACAUCAAGCAGCUUGAGGCUACCAUUAAGCAGAAUGAAGACACUCUCACCACCCUCCAACAAAGCCACCGGACCGCUGCCGAUGAGUGCCUGAUGCUGCGAUACAAGAAUUCUUUGCUCGAAAGAAUCUUGUUGGAAAAAGGCAUCGAUGUCCAGGCCGAAUUGGCGUUGAAAACCGGCAGCCCAACGCUGAGUUUCCAGCAUCCCGGAGCAAACAUUCCUCAGAUUCCUGCGCAGCCUCAACUACAACGCACGGCUAUGCAACGACAGCAUGCUCGUCGCUCAGGACAAUUCUUGCCAAAACUGGCUCCGGGAUCGUCCACCUCUGACUCUGCCGUCCAGCGUGGUUCUCCCGCUCGUCCGACACCAUCAUCGCAUGCCUCCUCCCCCUCAGCCAUGUCUGUCAAAUCGCCCAUGGUCAUGCAGGCAGGUGUAGGCACCCCUCCCACAUCAGCUGGGCUCGGUCAGCCGCAGCAACAGCAACUUCCAGCGUUCCCUCGCGUCGCACAGCCGCAGUCGCAGUUCUUGCAGCUCUCUCCAAGCCUUCAGCGGCCUGGCGCACCACCGCACUUCCACAGUACCCAAAGUGUGCACUCGAGCAUGUCGACCGGCAGUCGUCAAAGUAUCGGCACACCCAUGAGUGCCGGCCUGGUGAACCCAGGCGGUGAGCAGCCGACAUCGCAGCAACUGUAUGCUGAUCCCUUUCACAAACACAUGAAUCGUCUCGAGCAAGAAUACGAUGCUCAACAAUCUCGGUCCAUGCUCGACCCUUCCGAUCCCGAGGAUCUCUCCAACCCCGCUCAGAGUCGCUUGCAAGGACGCUACCCGCAGUCCUACGACCAGCAAGCACCCCAGCCUGGAGACUACUUUCCCCAUGGCAUGAGCAUGCCUCCAGACCAACAGCAGAUGACCACGCAACAACAGCAGCAAAUGCAGGCCACAGGACAUGGCCACCCACUUGAUGGCCAGAUCCCCACCAUGGAGGAGAUGAUCGAUCCGAACGACCCCAUGCUUGACGCUGAUCCCUUUGGUUUGAGCGCAAGCAUGCAUUACCCCACUUCUUAUUCUUUUGAGCAGGCGCCACAGCGUUGAGCAUGUCUUGUUCACUUUGUUCUAGGAGGAUGCGAGGUGUUUAAUGGCUAAUAUCAACACGGUUCCCACGAGACGAGAUUUGCAUAGCGGCGACGGGAGAAAAGCUGGGCACGAUGCUUCUUGCUUUUAGCGAUGGCGUUGACAGGGUUGGUUCUCAUGGCAUUGGUGGCUAUGAAAGGCAUCUGCGAUGAACGUUCUGGGUAUUUCUGCAUGCUCGAGCGCCGGGAGAGAGUACCUUACAGUCUAGUUCUAAUACUCAAUCAAUCGUUCAGACGAUGAAA